AGCUUGGAACGAGUUGGUUAGGCACUCUUUGGAAUACCCCGUGUCUUCCAGCAAGCGUGCGUUUUGCGAACAAUGGCAGGUGUUGUGACUGAGCCCGUGCCAAUUACCGAUGCCGCUCCUGUGACCAGUGCAGUUCAAAUGGGCACUGGCAUGCCCAUCAGCACCUAUCCGACCUAUCCUAUGGAACCUAUUGGUACUCCCCAGAUGGUCUACUCCCCCUCUCCAUAUGUGAUGCCCGGUGCAGCCUCCGUCAGUGCCAUGCCCAUGACCAGCUACACCACUGGAAUGCCAUAUUCCUUCAGCAACUUGGAUCACUCCCAAGGCAAAUGGUUUGCGCCGGGCGAGGCUCUCCCUCCCGGUUUUAUGGUUUGCGCGCACCCAGACGGCCACACUGCCCCACAGGAGGGCCACUCAAUGUCCGACCAGGCCCGUGAGAGCUUUGUUAUCACUACGGGCACCUCAAAGCCUGGCUCUUCGCCCACCAAGAGCAAGGGCAAGAAGAGCAAGAAGAAGAAGUCCACCUGCUGCUGAGGGGGACACUUUCGAUCUGUGGUGGAAACCACUCGAGUUUCCUGGCCGGACCUUCCUUUCCGAUGGAUUUGAGCUAGAAAGCCGAGAACAGCCGGACAACAAAAGAUCUGGCAGACAUGAGAUGUGGCUUGUGGCAAUUUCAACCAAUUCAUGAGGGGUUUGGUUGGUUUGGUGUUCAAAAUGCUACUGAACUCCAGUGCGCACUUUGGUCCAUUGGUCUGGCCUAUGCAGAUUCUUAGACGGCGGGCUAAGCUUACCAUACGAUCCGGUGGUGUCGUCCCUGAAGGCACAAUUGGUGUCUUUCACCCAGGCGACUCCACGGGGGACUCCGCGGGGGACUCCACUCAAUUCCGGGAGCGGAAUAUUUCGACGCCCCUUUUGCCGAAAUGGACCUGGAUCCAAGCACUUUCAUGGACCUGGUAUCGGC